CUAUCAAACCUUGCCAGCGCUCCAUUCAAUGAGAUGAGAGAUAUUAAUAAUCAAAAUCUGUUGCAGUGGUGGUUGAGAACAGUGUGCUUUUAUCUCAGCAUUAAUGAUCAGGGCCUAUCAACUCGACAUUCCGAGAAACAUCUGGCCAAAUGUCACUGCGAUAGUUUUUUCAGAAAAGGAUCUUAAACAUGAAUCUCAAGAUUUCACGUACGAUCGAUUUUCCUUGCGUUCUG